AUGAUCACCGCCAUUCUCCGAAGAGCUUCUUCCACACUCUCCAAGCGCGUCAUCCCCGCCGCCGAGGCUCUCCUUUCCACCACCGCUUCGGCCGAGCUCCGACAACUCUCUGCUCUCACAGCCAGACCCUUCCACACAAAAUCACAACCCUUGCUAUUUCGCGCUUCUUCGGCUUCCCGCGCUGGUCACGCUGCCGAAGCUUUUCCGUUCGAGGAACCUGCUAAAGCGAACGGUGAUGAUGGUCUUGAGAUCGCGAAGCUUGGGAUUUCUCAGGAUAUUGUUUCUGCUUUGGAAAAGAAAGGAAUCACGAAGCUUUUCCCCAUUCAGAGGGCUGUGUUGGAGCCUGCUAUGCAAGGUCGUGAUAUGAUCGGUCGUGCUAGAACAGGAACUGGAAAAACUCUUGCUUUUGGGAUUCCCAUCAUUGACAAAAUCAUUCAGUUUAAUGCUAAACAUGGGCGAGGAAGGGAUCCUUUGGCUUUGGUUUUGGCUCCGACCAGAGAGCUUGCGAAGCAGGUUGAGAAGGAAUUCUAUGAGGCGGCGCCUAAUUUGGAUACUAUCUGUGUUUAUGGGGGUACACCAAUUUCUCAACAAAUGAGGCAGCUUGAUUAUGGUGUUGAUAUAGCAGUUGGGACACCGGGGAGAAUUAUUGAUCUUCUUAAUAGAGGUGCUCUGAAUUUGAAGGAGGUUCAGUUUGUUAUUCUUGAUGAAGCUGAUCAGAUGCUUCAAGUGGGGUUUCAGGAAGAUGUGGAGAAGAUCUUGGAGAGGUUGCCUGCAAAGAGACAGACUCUUAUGUUUUCUGCAACAAUGCCUACUUGGAUAAAGCAGUUAACAAGGAAUUACCUAAAAGAUCCCAUAACCAUUGAUCUUGUUGGAGAUUCCGAUCAGAAGCUGGCAGAUGGGAUUUCACUCUUCUCAGUUGCAUCUGAUGCAUAUGUCAAAGCAGGAAUUCUCGUUCCUCUAAUAAAAGAACAUGCAAAGGGAGGAAAGUGUAUUGUUUUCACUCAAACAAAACGUGAUGCUGAUCGAUUAUCACAUGGCAUGUCAAAAAGUAUUCCAUGUGAGGCCUUGCAUGGAGAUAUAUCACAAGCUCAGAGAGAAAGAACUCUUGCUGGAUUCAGAAAUGGUCAUUUUAAUGUUUUAGUGGCGACUGAUGUUGCUUCACGUGGGCUUGAUAUACCUAAUGUUGAUCUUGUAAUUCAUUACGAGCUUCCCAAUAAUUCAGAGAUAUUUGUUCACCGAUCUGGAAGAACAGGUCGUGCUGGUAAGAAAGGAACUGCUAUUCUCAUUUAUUCAGAAGAUCAAUCCAGGACUCUUAGGACUAUUGAGCGCGACGUAGGCUGUAAAUUUAAAGAGUUACCAAAGAUUGCCGUUGAUAGUGGAUCAGUGUCUGCAUUUGGUAGCAUGGGUGGUGGGCGAUUUGGUGGUGGAGGUUCGAGUGGCCAAUUUGGUGGUGGAGGUUUUAGCCGUGGUAGCCGUUCUGGGGGCUAUGGUAAUUCAGGUGAUAGGUUUUCUGGUUCAAGACCAUCUGGAGGGGGGUUUUCUGGCAAUUCAUCUGGAGGAUAUGGUGGCGGAUCAAGCUCUGGUCGUUUUGGCUCCUUUGGUUCAGAUCGCUCCAGUGGUUUUGGAAAUUUUGGGUCGGCUAAACCUAGCGCAUUUGGUGAUCGUCGUGGCAGGGAUUGA